AUGGAUAGGAACUUACCACCGGCUUGGUUCGUGUUGCUCGUAGACAAUUACGAAAGUGGUUGGACGCUUGGCGGAGUAAAGCUUGGAUUGCUUGGUAACUCUGUGAGGCAAUGGGAAUUGCAAGUCCUUGGUCAAGAAUUGUCUGAUGUACUGUCUCUUGACAUCGUCGGUCUUCUCCAACUCGACAACCUUCAAAAUGUGGAUAGAUCUAAAUCUGGCUCUGUGUCUAGCAGCAAGGUCGGAGUACAUGGUCUCGACAGCACCAACUCUGCUGACGUCUCUGUAUUCCUUGUACAUGUUGUGGGUUCCGGAUCUGGAGUCGUAUCUGAUCCAGAUACCGAAGUUCUUGACCUUGGUUGGGUGGGUCUCGCUGAUGAUGUUGAGGGAAACGAUCUCACCAGAGGCCUUCUUCACCUUGUGCAAUUUUUGCAAAAAGUACCAGUAUCUCGACUUGGCGACAACAUCAUUAGGAGCGAAGAUUCUCAUUCUGUACAACUUUGGCUCCGGCACGGACUCGGUAGGCAGCUUUCUGCCGAUGACCUGGUAUUCGUAAAGACGGGACAUGUUGGUCUUGUUGAAGUGUAUAAAAUUUUCAGCUUGAAAAAUUUAAUAUUUGCCAGGGUCGUCAACCCGGACGCAAAGUCACAUGACCAGGGCUGGGGCGAGGUUUUCCUAGAAAAAGAAUUUGGGGCACACCCGCACCGUCCAGACGCCUCGCACCAGGACACCCACACCGUAUGCAUCCCUAGAGAAUCACACCACAAUGCUCGUUUGUAUCGUAUGUCUCGUUUAGCACAAGCAUAA